GUUUGUGGAGCGUUGCUCUUUAGUAGCAGAUUUAACUUCCAGACACAAGCAGGACUGACUGAUCUGAUUGAUAAUCUCAUUUCUAACUCUCUUCUCCUCCAGAACCGGUUCCACCUGCAGAUGGCGACGGGUGUUCCAGAGUCGGGUCUGUCUGAUCUGCUGCUGACGGUUCUGCAGCGGUCCGGUUGGCGGGAGGGGACCGCCGUGCUGUGUCGGGGCUGGGAGGAGGCUCGGGGUCUUCUGCAGCUCCUAGACCAUCACAGCAGUGCAUCGUGGGAAGGCGGCAGGAGGGUCACCUGGCACUUGCGAGCCUUGCUGAACCUGACGCAGUCGGCUCACGAUGACACGCAGAUCCACGACUUCCUGUCUCGACACUUCCGACAGAACCAAGCCUCACCAGCCUCAGUGCUACUGUUCGGGGCCGACCCGCAGUGCGCGGCAGCUGUGCUGCGCAGCGCCCAGGACCUGGGGCUGACGUUACCCAUGGUACACUGGGUGCUGGGUCAGCCGCUCAGCCCCGACGUGCUGCACACCAUCGGGCUGCCGCUUGGCCUACUGGCCUACGGUGAGGUGGAACGGAAACCGCUUGACUACUACGUUAGAGACGCCCUGCAGCUCAUCACCAGGGCUGUUGCUGCGGCGACUGCGGUGAGGCCGGACCUGGCUCUGAUCCAGAACACGAUGAACUGCUACGACAAACCCAACAAGCACGAGGUGCUGACCUCAGGACAGUACCUGUCCAGGUUUUUGUCAAACACAUCUUUCUCUGGACUCACCGGUCCCAUCCGGGUCCACCAGAACUGGUCUGAGGUUAUAACUCUGCAGCGGUUCCAUAUCUGGAGUCUGCGGCGGGACGCACUGGGUCAACCCACCUGGGUGACAGUAGGCAGCUGGGAGGAUGGCUCGCUGCAGGUGGAGGACCAGCAAGUGUGGCAGGGACCCAAGCCUCACCACAGGAUGGAUGGGAUGGGUGGGAGGACCAGGGGCCAGUGGAGGGCAGGGUUGCCGGUGGCAGGGAGUCGGGUCCGGGUGGUAACCCUGGUGGAACAUCCCUUCGUGUUCACGCGGGACGUGGACGACGAGGGCAGCUGCCCGGCCGGUCAAUUCUGCCUGGAUGCUGCCGCUAACAGCUCAGAGACCCUGGAGAGAUACUUCAGGGAAGUGGCAGGUGGAAACAGCAGCUCGCUGCCCAGAGACUACACCAAGUGCUGCUAUGGAUAUUGUAUAGACCUUCUGGAGAAGCUGGCUGAGGACCUAGGCUUUGAGUUUGACCUUUACAUCGUCGGAGACGGAAAGUAUGGAGCUUGGAAGGGAGGCCGCUGGACCGGGCUGGUGGGAGAUCUCCUGAAUGGUCUGGCAGACAUGGCUGUCACCUCAUUUAGCAUAAAUUCUGCCCGUAGCCGGGUGAUUGACUUCACUUCGCCCUUCUUCUCCACCAGCCUGGGCAUCCUGGUGCGCAGUAAGGACACGGCGGCCCCCAUUGGGGCCUUCAUGUGGCCCCUGCACUGGUCCAUGUGGGUGGGCAUCUUCCUGGCGCUGCACAUCACUGCACUUUUCCUCACGCUCUAUGAGUGGAAGAGUCCUUAUGGGAUGACACCUCAUGGGCGCAACCGGGUGAGGGUAUUCUCUUACUCAUCGGCUCUCAACCUGUGCUACGCCAUCCUGUUCGGGCGCACCGUCUCCUCUAAGACCCCAAAGUGCUGGACAGGCCGCUUCCUGAUGAACCUGUGGGCCAUCUUCUGUCUGCUGGUGCUGUCCAGCUACACCGCUAACCUUGCUGCUGUCAUGGUGGGAGAGAAGACCUUUGAGGAGGUCUCAGGGAUCCAUGAUGCCAAGCUGCAUCAUCCGUCACAGGGUUUUCGUUUUGGGACAGUGAGGGAAAGCAGUGCGGAGGAUUACAUGAAGAAGAGUUUUCCAGAAAUGCAUGAGUACAUGAGACGCUUCAACGAGCCAACCACACCUGAAGGAGUUGCCACCCUCAAGACAGAUCCUCCUCAGCUCGAUGCAUUCAUCAUGGACAAAGCUCUGUUGGAUUACGAAGUCUCCAUCGAUGCUGACUGCAAACUGGCGACAGUCGGGAAACCGUUUGCCAUCGAAGGUUACGGUAUCGGCCUCCCUCAGAAUUCUCCUCUGACAUCCAAUGUCUCCGAGUUCAUCAGCAGGUACAAAUCCGAUGGAUACAUGGACCUGCUGCACGACAAGUGGUACAAAGUGGUUCCGUGUGGGAACCGCGUGUUCGCCGUUACUGAGACUCUUCAGAUGGGCAUCAGUCACUUUUCCGGACUCUUCGUGUUGCUAUGCGUCGGCGUGAGCGGCGCUUUGCUGACUCUGGCAGGCGAACAUGGUUUUUACCAACUCAUCCUGCCACACAUCCGCCGCCGUCAGAACCUAAAGUACUGGCUGCACACCUCACAGAAAAUCCACCGAGCUCUGAACAUGACGUACGAGGACGUGAAGAGGCAGCGAGCUGAGAAAGAGAAGAGCUGUAACCUGCACAAGUCUCAGCCCUCUCCGGCCCCUCCAGCUCCGGGAGCUUCAGCCAAGUGGAACAACGAAACGAGCAAGGACGCCGCUGCCGCCGCUGCUGCUGCUGCUGCUGCUGCUGCUGCCAAAGAUGCCAGAGACUUCAAAAGAGUCCACUUCAACCUGGAGACGCUCAACACCCGCCGUCUGCUUGCUCGUCUUGCAGUCUCUGAAGCCAAGGGAGGCAGCGCCAUGGCUGAGAGGGAGGGACCGGCCAAGCCGAAGGUGGGGCCAAACAGCAGCCUGUGUGAGAAUGGAGGACCGGCGGCUUCGUUCACCAACCUACUGCUCACGCUCCCCUCCUCAUCCUCCUCUGCAAGACCCAAUGCUUCUGCACCAUCCCCCUCAGCUGUGGCACUUCCUCCGCCUGCUACUUCCACCCCUGCCCCCGUUACCAUAGCCCCGCCUGCCUCAGAUGCCCCACCCCGUGCUGCUGUGGCUCCGCCCCGGCCUGGCGAGCUGGAGGAGCUGGAGGAGGAGAUCGAACAGAUGAGGGAGAAGUUACGGACAGCUCUGGCAAGGAGAGCUGAGAUUCAGACGACUCUAACCAAACCCACUGUCACAGUGACAAGCACCCCAUCAUCCGUUACCACGACAACUAUUAUGGCAACCCCAACAACGACAGGAGCCACGCCCAUUCCCAUACCCACCAUUACCCCAGUAACAACCCUUCCUUCCAACAUGAAAUGCGUAACGACCAUGACCGACCCGCCUCACAAAGUCCUAUCUAAAGUCCGGCCCCUCCACAGCAGACUGGCCAGUCAGAGGAGGUGAUGUUCUCUGGAAAGGUCACACGACACGGCGGCCAUUCUAAUCAGCAGUGAGGAAAAAAUUUGUUCCUUUUAUUAUUUUUUUUUACUUUCUCAAGUUCUCAAAGAAGUUGAUUGAGAAACAUGAAAGAAACAGAAAACAUCAAAGAGCCCUGAAGCUAAUCAGAUGAUUGGUUACCUAAUCAAUAUUUUUAGGCUGGAUGAAAUUAUUGAACCUCUUAGAGUUCAAACACUUUAUAUUUCCAGCUAAAAUUAGAAAUCCUGUGAAAACAUUAAAGAAAAAAUGAAAUUGUUUCAAUGACUUUAUAAAAUAAAAAUUUACUGUUGAGAAAAUAUGCUAAUUUAAAUCCAUAAAUCUUAAAAUGAAAGUCAGAAGAUCAGGCAACAUCCCCCAAACCUGAACCUUUAUUAUUUCACACAUUUCAAAGUUUGAAUAAUCACUCAAAACCCAGUUAUUUUAUACACUAAAUUUAUUAUUUUGUAAUAUUAGUAAUUAGUAUUGAAUUAGUAUUACUGUGAGUACAGUUUGUUUUUCAGAGUUUUUUACUCCUAAACCUCAAAGACAAUCUAUUUAAAAUAUUUUAAUAUGAUAUAUUUAUCACUUUAAGAGUGAUAUGUUUUUUUGUCAAUUAAGUGCUCAAAUAUAAAAAAAUAAAUUAUUAUCUUUUAAUGUUUUUCAGUCACAAGUACAGCUUGUGAAGUUUAAAGUCUGUCAGAUAAAUUAUGUAAACUGAGGAAGAGAAGAAAACCAGGACGUGAGCCUGAGGUACACAGAAUUUAAUGAGUUCUUCGUUUGAGCCAAAUACAGAAUAAUGUAGCAGUUGUAUUAUAGAAGUGCAUAUUCCUAAAACAAAACCAGAGACUUAUUUUUGCAUAUUUUUACAUAUUUAGUAACAAAACAAAUAAGUUUGUAUAUAAUUAAAAUAGCUGCAGUGAAUCUAAAGAUUUUAUUCUUUAUUUUUAUAUAAAAUCAGAGUCUGAUGUUCAGUUUCCACCUCUGACUGGUUAAAACGGCCGCCGUGACAGAGACUGAAGAGCAUUUCUGGAACUUUCUAAAACUCUGGUGGUGCACAAAAAGCAUGUCCACUCUUUAAAAAAAUUACAAGAAGUACACAUACCACCAGACACAACAUGAACAAUAGAGCUGUUUCCUGUUGGGAGCAGAAACGGUGGUGUUCAUGCAAUAACAUAGUUGUUCUUCACACAGGCGCAACUCCUCUUCAUGUCACAUGAACAUGGUUAGUGUAAGCUGUAUGCUGAAGGUUUUUAUUAGAUUCACUUCACUACAGACAUGAAACCUUAAAUGUUCCCACAGAGCCUGAACCCAUCCCCCGAAUGUGACUUUAACCCCCCCACCCCAGCAGCAGUGCCCCCUGCUGUGUCGACACUGGCAUUUCCAGUUUGUUUCCAUCAAAAGUUAAAGUCAGGGUGAUGGACAUUGCUAUGAGAAUGAUGAUCUGCAGUCAAGCCCUGAAAAUCUUAGAAAUAUGAGGAUGGCAGGAUGGCUACUCUGGAUGGCAUUACCUUGGCCUCCAGUAACACUGUGAGUAAUCGCUGAGUCGUUUUUGACCAGGAUACGUUCUUCAGCAUCUACAUUAAACAAAUAUUUAUCUUUCUUCAAAUAUGUUUCUUAGAAACGCUGAACUGCGUCACUUUCCAAAAUAAAGAUGAAGAAAUGUUAAAAUUCUCCAGAAAACAUGAAAUCUUUUGUAAAACCUUCAAAUGGUCUGAAAAGUUGAGGAUGUUUUCACUCUGUUUGGUACAUUUACAGGUUUCUCAUAAAAAAGAAAGAAAAAAAUUAAUUCAUAUUUUAUUCAUUCAUGGAGUUUGUUUUUCAUCAGUUAAACUUAAAUCUGAGAGAUGAGCCUGACUUUUAACUCUCAGAUAUUUUACGGAGUUAAAUCCAUUAUUCAU